UGAAGUUUUUAUCUUAUAGUAUUUUAAGCAAAUAUUAUAUUUCAUGUAAAGUAAAAUGAGUGGAAAUACUGAAGCGACGUCAUCAAAAAACAAUGAUUCAAAUGGAGAUUUAAGUUGUGAAAAACCUCAGAAAAAUUGGGUUAAAUUUGAUGAUGAAACUCCACAAACAAACAAUGAUAAAUCAGAAACAAACGCGGCAUUUGAAAAUGACACUGGGCGCGCUGAAUCUUCUAGAAUAGAAAUACCAGCUGUUUUAACAACGGAAACCAUUCAAGUUAAUAUAGACCGCGAAAAACCCGAAUCGAUUCCACAUAAUAUAAAAAAUGUUGAAUAUGUUAAUAAUCGCCAUGGAUUCUCAAAUGGUGAUAUAAUCGUAACUUUAUUGCCUGUAAAUACAAAAUGGCCUUGGAUAACUGCCGCUAGUUUUAAACCGGAGCUUGUACCAGAAGAGCUAAUGGCUCAAGGCUUGACUUUGACUGUUGAGGAGUAUGUUCAUGCAAUGGAAUUACUUGUAAAUGAUGCCCGAUUUACUUUGUACAAUAUAUGCUAUAAAAGGGUUUUAAUUUGUUGGAUUACUAUAGCAUUCCUUGUCCUUCUAACUCUACUUUUUUCUGGUCUAACUGGAUUGACAUUGUUUUCUCUUGGAGUUGUGUGGCUGGUUUUGAACGCUUUGGCAAUAUUUUUGUGUAUGUGGAUAAAACUGCGAUUGUCUAAGGGACUGGAGCAAUGUUUAGCGACUGUGAACAAACUUUUGAAUAAGCACAAGUUGCUACUGGCUCUGGACGACAGAGGAAAAAUAUCUUGUCACAAAGUUAAUCUUUGCUUCAUUUACUUCGAUUCCGGACCAUGUGUCACUCAUUUGCAACAGUUUAUUGAAAGUGAAGAGGGUCGUACCAUUAUGGAAGGCUGGGAGCAGAGACUCGAUGUGUCCGCUAAUGACAUUGUUAUCCAAGGAAGCCAAUCAACGAGACUUUCAAGAAAACAGGAUAUGGCAGAGCAAGUAUAUCUACGUUACCUUCAACGUUGGGGCAAAGACUACCUCCGUCGUCGGCUCGAUUGGACCUUAGACGAGGAGGGCGGCAACCCCGCGGCGCCGCGUCACCUCGCUCAGUCCCUAUGCCCUUGUCAGUAUGUCGAGGAGAUCUUACGGAACAAAGAACCGAAAGAUACCCGCGCCUGUUGUCCGCUGUGUAACGACUGGCUCAGGCGACGCGGUCUAGAUUGACCUAACCGCAUUCUGGAACGAGGUGCGCUUCUGUAUCUUCGAUAUAUCGGGCGGUGGGGCACGUAUGUCGUUAAGAAGAGGUUAAAUCUGGACCGCAUCACCCCAGGCCGACACGGAGACAAGUACGUGUGC